GUGCGGAAAGAAGUUUUGGAAAUGUAGGGAGAAACACUCAUUUUGUUUGGGCUAAGGGGAUCCAACUUCUGAAGAUGUGGCCCAAUAGUCCAUUCUGUAGUAUUACGUUGAAUCACGAUAAGAGGGAAAAGAGACGAUGACCAUCGUCACUAACGCGAUGACAAUGGCAAUGGCCGCUUCCUCACCGUUUUCACCUGUUCUCCCCCACACCGAAUUCUCACCAACCCUGCACUUCACCAAAUCCAAGAAUUCCAUCUUUUCCCUCUCCUGCUCUUCUCCCAAAAGCAUUCCGGUGACGGAACAGCAAGUGCUCCAAGCCAUAGCGGAUUCCGACGGCAAGAACCUCCCAUGCGUAAGAACCUACGAAAACGACCUGUCUCAGCUCACUCUCGUCGGAAUCGUCGAUUUCCAGCAAGCUUUGACUGCGUCGGCCGCCGACGGCGGACAGGUUGCCUCCGACCACAUUGACGCCGGCAUGGAGGCCAUGGUUGUCGAAACUGUGUUCCCUGUUCCUUCAAGCGAUCGCGCCACUGUCUCCACUCGGCUGUUCUUACCUGCUAGGAAAGUCAAAGAAAAAGCUGCUAAGCUCAGGAAGUCUUUUCCUAGAGAUGUAUUUUCUGGCUCUGGGUCUAAGAAUAUACUUGCUAUGACCUUUCGGCAAGUAGUUUUGCAGCAGAUUUGGAGCUAUGACUUGAAUGUCUUUCAACCAGGAGAGGAACGGAAGAUGGAGGAUCUUGAAACACCAAGAGAGGUUCCUGCAUCUUUUUCUCUCAGCUCAUCUAAUGACUAUAUUAUCUCUGUGCUUGCGGAAGCUAUUUGCAUGUCUGCACUUCAAAGCACUCAAUCACAAUUUCUUGAUAAAACACUGGGUGGUAAUAGAAAUGGCUUCAUUCACUGGUUUCGAAAGCCUGAAAGUGUACAGUCAAAAGAUUCAGCAGUUAUUUUAUCCAAAUUAUUUGAAGACGAGAUAGUUGAAAAUGCUCGGAGUCUACUGGAUAAUUAUAAUUCAAUGAAGGAUGGCUUCAAGACUGUGAAAAUUAAGUCGGGGCAUUGGUGGAGGCCAUCAUGUUAUGAAAAGUUAGAGAAAAUUGGCGGUUUUGGUUUCAGUGCUUGGGCAAGUGAGUAUGUACCUGCAUAUCGAUUAGAAAUCGAUACCAAGAUAAUGGGAGAUGCCAAAAUUGAAGGCUGGAAGAAGUCUGCAGCAGGGAAUAGGUGGGAAGUUGUUUUGACCCACUCGCAAAUGGUUCAGUUGGCUGAAACUCUAGAUAUCUACUAUGUAGAUCCUUAUUCACUACCUGAUAAGCAAUUAUCCUGUGGUAUGGCUGCUAAGUUUGCCAAUGUUCCCAAUAAAACGGGGAAUUCUUUUCCUAAAUUGUUGUCAGUGACCCUUGCAAGUGGUAUAUUUCUUGUAGCAAUUAGUGCUCUCGGUCAAUUUUGUUUGCCUUGGUUAUGCAAGGAAAGGAAACAAUCAGUAGAACAUAGAUCUCUUCCAUCAUCUGAUGUCAAGGUUACAGUGCAUGACUUUUUGGAUGCAACAAAGUUGGGAGAGUAUUGCGUGUUAGCCAUUACUAAAGUAAAAAGCACUUUUGGCUGGUCGGAUGAAAUUAAGGUUGAAGAUAAUUUUGGUGUCUGGAUUGGAGAAUUGCCAGCUUACUUGAGAGUUGAAGGUGUUGAUACUCUUUCUACUUCAGAGAAUAUAAACGCAGAUGCAAAAUUGCCCAUACAGGACAUUGCCAGUUACCAGGUGGUUUUCUCAAGCGAGGGGAAGAUAGUUGGCUUUCAACCUUUGAGCCGGGUGGCUGUCAAUCAUUGGGCUGCUAAUCCUUUAGCAAAGGAGCUGUAUAGAGGAAAAAGGCUUUCCCCAGGUAUCAUUGAACCAGGUCUCAAGGUGUCCCUCCCAGAAAAGGUUAUCGUAGUAGAGUUAUUGAUGUCAAUAAAUCCAGAUGCAUAUUUUGCUCUAGCCCGGCCAUUCCGGUGAUCUUUUCUUGGUGUAAUUGUAAUGUUAGCUAGGUAGGCCUACUGGUUGACUAACCGAUCCGAACAUUGUAGUUAACGUUAUAUUUCCCGAUGUGAAUUUUUUGAGGCAUUAGAAGCUGUGCCCUGAGUUUUUUUUUUUAGUUUUUCUUUUUAAUUAGACAUUCUGAAUAUUUUAGCAUUUUGUUUGCCACAAAUUGAAAAGAAACUCCACCACGUUGUUUCAAAAUAGUGCAUAAACCCUUUCUGAAUA